AAUGGCAGUCUCAACGGCAAUAGAAUUAAAGUGCACAUGGUGCCGAGAGCCCGUUUCUUUCUAUGGCACUUCCAAACAUGCAAGGAAGUGUACAGGAUGCUUAACGACAAAACUUUAUUGUUCGUCUUGUGACACAGACAACUGCUCAAAACCAGUUUGCGGGGAGCAUCCCACGUGCUGGAAACAACAUGUAACCGGACUUCCUCCACACGAGAGAGCAGGCCACCAAAUGGCCAACCCCUUUCCCUCGUUGUUUGUGGAAGCAGUGAUGCAUUCAGAGAGCAAUGAGCAAACAUUGCAACGUCUUCACGAGAAAGAUAAAUUGGCCCGUUGGUUCUCAGUGAAGAUGGACGAGGAAUGCCCUGAGCUUUGGCUAUAUGAUCGAUUCAUUCGACUCUGUGAUCCUGGGAGAACAGGAAACCGAGAUACAGAGAACCACUACCCGACUUUUGUCUCCUUCAUUGGGAACACUUCUGCCGGAAAAUCAACGAUUGUCAGGGCUAUGCUUUUACUUGGGCUUCUUAGCUCUUCGGGAGAAAUGAGCAACGACUCAGUAGCCAAAAGUCUGGAUCUGGUCAGGGAAGCUAAGGAAGGAGACCGUUACAUGCCCGUACCAAGAUCUGGAAAUACCCAACACAUGACAGACCCGACAACCUUUGGAGUGCAUCUAUAUCCAGAUGAAGACCCCGCGACAGGGUUGGUAGGACCCUGUGUUGGUCCAAAUGCCCCACAAGCAAUAUCUUCGCAAGUAGCCCGGUUUCCAUUGCUCUUUGCUGAUUGUGAAGGGUUCGGGGCUGGUACCGCGACCACCAACGCCAUGAGACUCACCGAACGGCAAGAAGAGGAUGAAAGCGCUGAAGCGGGCAAACCUGGAAUUAUCAAGCUCCCGAUCAUCGCUCCUUGUUACAGCAAGGACAGCAAGAACGGAAUUGACUUAUUCUACGCUCGGAUAUUGUACGCCAUUAGCGAUGUUGUCGUCUUCGUCACCAAGAGCGACCAAACAAUCAAGGUGGAUCUCAUUCGAGUUUUGGAAUGGGCGUCUACCGCAGUGAGGAAGUCAUAUAACCAGCAAUCACGGAAAACACUCAUCAUUGUCCGGAACAUGGAGCGAGCAUCUUCGGAGUCGGAAUACAGUACGGAAACGCUAGAGAGACUCUACCUUCGCAGUUUCGGGGACCAAAAGCUUUGGGACGACUCUCCUGUCUUGAAGAGUUUCGUCGAGGAACACAAUCUCUUAGUGCGCCCCGAAUUGGUUAUCCAGGAUAAUGACCAACUCUACGAUGCCUUAUUCCAGAAGAUCGAGUGCUGUUACAUUCCAGAUAAGGGUCUCCAUAGCGUCGCUCCAGAACGUGCCCAGGAGGUAUUCAACCACUUCAAAGCGCUCCGGCAACAAAUCACGAUUGCGGCAGAGGAAGAGCAGAGGUUGAGAUCCCGUGAAUUUGCUCAAUACAACGUACCCACAUUAAGUCACAUUCUGACCCAGGUCUUCGAGCACUUCAGAACAUCGGAAGAUCCAUUGAAUUUCUACCUUGCCGCACGGCGCGAUAAUCCAACGCCACGGAAUAUAUCGCAACACAUAGCGAACUUCUUGAGACUUGCUUUGGAACACACAGAAGAGACUACAGUCGUAAUCGAAGACAUGAUUGUGGAUGCCGCUUCAUUAAUGUUCCUUCUUUAUGUCCGACGGAGUCACUCAGAUCCAUCCGCCUUGAACCCCUCAGAUAUGUUCGAACAUGAUUUGGGCCCCUCUUGGUCGAGCGGCGUCGACAUGUACCUAUCCGAAUACGAGAAGUGUACGUUUAGAUUCUCUACUAGAGAUGGAGGUUCAGUUCACUGCACAGUGCGAGGAAGAUCAUGUCACAAAAAUCACAUCUGCUCCCUCGAUCCAGGAACAACCGAGUCUACAAAGACGAUAGAAAUCAAGGGAGAUUUUGAAUACCGACGCUCUUGGAGCGAUGCAAAUAAGGAAGAGUGGCUCCGCAAUAUCAAGAGGAAAUUCAAGGAGAUGUACAAUUCUGUAUUUGGCAGCCGACCAGAGUCGCCCCCUAAAAAUUCCAAGCGUAUCCUGGAGCUCCGACAGAACGUUCACAGGAAACACAAUUCUGUAUGGAAUAAAUUGCGAAGCAACAAGACAUGUCUGUCAUGUCUGCAGUUAGUCUCGGAUCACGUGUUGCCUUGCGGUCAUUCUUACUGUCCGCGCUGUGUCCAGGAAAUUGGGCAACCUUCACGCUCUUUCGAGUGUGCUUUCGAUAUGUCAGCUUGCACACUCUGUGGAACUCAUACCCACAACGGUUCUCACCAAAUACAACUUAAACCAAGAUGUGCUGGAGCCAGAGUUCUUACUCUUGAUGGGGGCGGGAUCAGAGGUAUUGUAGAACUUGCAUUGCUUCGGAGUCUUGAGAAAGAGGUUGGUUUGGGAAUUCCAAUCCGUGAACUGUUUGAUCUCAUAGUUGGGACAAGCACAGGUGGAAUUAUUGCCCUUGCUCUUGUGAUGUCGAGCGACCCGAUAGAUGCCAUGAUCAAAUUCUUCGAGCAAGCAGCACACGCCACUUUUGGAAGAUCAAGAACCUUCUCGAAUAGAAUGACCCGAGCUUUGUUGAUUCUAGGGAGGUACGAAAGCGAGUAUUCGGCAGCUCCUCUAGCCAGCGAACUCUCCACGUUCUUCGGAGAGGCUAGCUUAUUCGCACCCGCGAGAUCGAGAAACUUUCAAAGUACAACUCGUGUUGCAGUGACCACUGCGCGAGAUGAAGGAGGAACAGAAUGCAUCAUCGCAAAUUACAAUCGACCACUAGGCAACUGGACAAGAUUCGAGCGAGAAGAUGACGCAGAAAAAGACAUGAAGGUUUGGGAGGCAGGUCUUGCAACUUCGGCUGCCCCCUUCUAUCUUCCGCCUUUCCGGAAGCAAAACGCAGACUACAUCGACGGAGCAGUCUUUGCAAACUGUCCAGCAAAAGUGGCAAUUGAAGAAGUGGGCAAGCUCUGGCCAAACGAGGGAACCUCACUUGACAUCCUUCUCUCCCUGGGAACUGGCCACCAGACAAAGAAAAAGCCAAAAAUCCCGAAGGCAAUAAGAUACGGCGUCUUUAUUCCCAUCCUUCAUAUGUUUGAGCGCCAGAUGGACACGGAGAGGAUCUGGGCCGAGCUUGUACGUAGCAGCAAUGGCAAUGUGGAAGCCAGACUCCAUCGUCUGAACCCCGAUAUCCAGGGGCAAGCUGGGGACUACGUAGACAUAAAUCAUCACAAAGAGCUCGAGCACUUGUUGGACUCUGUGGAUGAAUGGGCCAAAACCACUGGAGCUGCUCGCAUCGAACAGAUCAGCCACGUCCUGAUAGCCAACCUCUUCUUCUUCGAACCAGAUCCGGAGAACGUCCCGAAUGAUGGCAUCCUUCUGUGUGGCUCGGUGAGAUGCCGCCUUCAGCACGAGAGCCAAGCGGUGCACGUUCUGUUAGAAAAAAAGGUUGCAGGAUUUUGGCACGCCACGGUCACAAAAGCAGAAGUUCCUGAGAUACAAGCGCUGACGAAUGGUCGUUGGAGGUCCAUCAGAGAUGUUUCUGGAGGCAGUAGUCGACCAUCAAAAAUGGUUGUUGAGGAGGGCAAUACGGAGAAGUUUCGACUGAACUUUCAAAUCUCGCCGCAAGGGGGUAGUGCUUCGUAUCAAGUGUUGGCGGUGCAGCUUGUUGGAUCACCGGACAAAAUUCCGAUCAGUGGCUUUCCUGCUACCUUGGAGGAAUUGAAUCAAAGGUCAAAGGCCGAAUGGCUUCAGUAGUAUUAAGAAUUUUUAAUUUUUAAUUUUAACGUCGCUUUAGUAAGAAAAUCAUAUAAUUUU